AUGGAUCAAACCGAAAUUAAUCGCAUGGCUGCUCAAGUACAAGAAUUAUGCAGCGAUAGACGAUUGUCUGAUAUUCGUGUUGAUUUACAAAAGACUCGCAGUGCUGAAAUUACCAUAAAUCGUAUCCUUAACGGUGGUUUUCUAGAAGGAACUGACCGCGAUCCGUCACGAUUAGCACACAUUAUUCUCGAUUCCGAAGACGAGGAGGACACCAACAACAACAACGAAAAUGAGCAACCAAUAUCACAGCGCGAACGGCGACAGUCUUCUCCUGCAGUAGAGCUUUCUUCAUCACCAUUAGCACCACGGAUAUCGACUCCUCCACGCUCUGCUGUACAAAGACAGAUAUCCAUACAUUCUUCACCAGAUCAACCUCGAACAAAAACUACUCUUCAAAACACUCAUCAUAGCAACCAUGACAACGAUCAUGACAACGAUGAUGAUGAUAACAACUCGCUUCCAUCACUAGACGCACUCAUCACGAAAAUGACGGAUAAAGAAGAACGACAGAUUGAUACCAUCGAACUAGACGAGACACCGCCACGGAAAUACGAUGCUUUGGCUCUUUUGGAUGCACGAGACGAAACAGAAGCGUCGUUACCAAGGAGACAAUCUCUGGGUGAUCUGUUGAAAGAAUGGGAAGAUGAUCUAGAAGAGGAUGAAGCAAAUCAACCACAACAAGAACAAAAGAAGCGGUCAAGUAACAGCAAGAGAAGUCGUAGCAGCAGUAACAGCAAUCCAGGAAAACAGAAGCCCAAGAAAAGAAAAUCACCGUCAGCAGAAAUUGAUUACCUUAAACCAUGGAGUUCCAGCAGUGAUAAUAGUGAUAAGGACGAGGAGCAAGAAGAAGAGGGGCAAAGCUCACACUCUCGUGAAGAAACCACACAAGAAAAGCGCGAACGGCUCAAGAAGGAAAUAGCGCUGCAGCGCAAAGAGCAGCAGAAGGCUAGAAAAGAGGCUAAAAAGGCGGAACGAGAACGGGCUAAACAAGAGAAAAAGGCUGAAAAGGAGCGGAAAAGGAUUUUCGAACAAGCAAACAAGCUACGAACCAAUCGUCAUGAGCUGCUAGCCGAAAUGAUUCUUGAUGUCCAGCCACUAUUUAACUGUUCUACACGUGGCGAGCUUUUAAAAGAAGUCAUUGAGUCCAAGGAAGCUCAAGUACAUGUUGCGGAUACUGGAUUACAUACCAUUGGCUGGCGACGGAAAACACAAGCGACGUGGGACGAAGAGCAAGGGACCUUUAUCCCACACCCUGACAAUCAAGUCCAUAUCAUCGAAGAGCCCUUUGUCUUGGUGUUUAUGGACAUGCAACAACUAUGUACAUUGGUUAAAUCGACUGAUAUGGACACUCAGAUCGACAGGAUCCAAAACCGCGCUGGCGCUUCUCGAAAGAUCAUGUUAAUGAUUGAAGGAUUGGAGACCUAUUACAAAAGGAAAACAUUGCUUAUCCAACGUGACUUCAAUAGUGCUGUGUUGGUGAAUCUUGGUCAGGCUGAUGCCGGUGCCAGUGGUAGUAGAAGAAAACGAGCAUCCACGGCGAAAAGUGAUACGAUUAUGGAAGCGGCUCGGACAGGACCGACGAAAGCCGAAAUGGAAGAAAAGCUUACGUAUUUGCAAAUGAUGAAAAGUGUGCGGCUGGUACCGACGGUAGAUCAAGCGGAUUCGGUGGACUGGAUCGUAGCAUUGACAGCAGAUAUUGCCAAUGCUAUGAACCGAAAUAUCAACUUUUUCAAACACCAAGGGCCAGCCAAGAGCGGCACGGAUGCUGCCGAUACUUGGUCCAAAAUGUUGCAAGAAAUCCAACUGUGCACCCCAGCCGUUGCACGAGCCAUCACAUCGGCUUAUCCGAAUCUACCGUCCUUACAUCACGCAUAUCAGCGUACCCCCGAUACCCGAGAUAAACAAGAAUUACUUGCCGAUCUAGAGGUCGAGCGCAGUGUUCUUUCACAGCGAGACCGUACAAUCAGUGUGAACAUGUCUAAAAAAAUCUAUACCAUCUUUACAUGCACCGAUGACCAGCAUUACAUUGCGUAA